AUGGCCUCCAAGCUCAUCAAUCUCAUAGCCCUCUCUUCUCUCGUUAUCCUUGCCUGUUCUCUGGGUCCUGCUCCUGUCAACGCCCUCUCAAUAGACACUUCUCCCAACCACCAUGCCCGUCAUCUCGGCCACCACCAGCUCAUAGCAAAGAAGAAGCGCGCUGACUCCAGGCGCUGCAAGCCCAGACCCAGCUCGUCCCUCGUUAAGCCUUCCUCUACCAAGGCUGCAGUUCCGUCAAGCAGCGUCAAGCCUGCUGUCGUCACUCCCGCUCCAGCUCCUACCACAAAGGCCGCUGCUCCUCCCAAGACAACUCAGGCCCCAGCCCCUCCACCCCCCUCUACCAACGCGGGUGCCAAGGUCGGAAUUGCUUGGCCCAUGGGUGACGACCCGUCUCUCAAGAACUUCAAGACCAACAAGGUCUCCUUCCUGUACACCUGGUCGCCCAACAAGCCUGCUAACGCGGAUGCCCUUGGCUUCACCUUCAUGCCCAUGUUCUGGGGCCCCAAGGAUAUUGCCAACUGGCAGCGUCUCGUUAAGCCCGGUUAUGCUCGUUUCGCCCUUGGUUUCAAUGAGCCUGAUCAUGCCGGUCAGGCUGCCCUUGAUCCUGGCUACGGUGCAUCCCUCUGGAAGCAAUACAUUGAGCCCCUCAAGAACAACGGAUACACCCUCAUUUCCCCUGCUGUUACAUCUGGUUCUGGUGGUAUUCCUUGGCUCCAAAGCUUCUUCGGCGCUUGCGGUGGUGGAUGCACCGUUCAUGCUAUGGCUCUUCACUGGUACGGCACUAACCCUCAAGACUUUAUCAAAUACGUCGAGAACUUCCACAAUGUCUUCCAGAGGGAUAUCUACGUCACCGAAUUCGCCUGCCAGAACUUCUCCGGUGGUGCUCAGUGCUCGCAACAGCAGGUUCAGACCUUCAUGGAUACCGUGACCGGCUGGAUGGACGCCACCAGCUACAUCAAGGGCUACAUGGCUUUCGGUGUCAUGCACGACAUGUCCGGUGUUAACCCCCUUAACCAGCUCAUGGCUGGCAACGGUCUCCCCACCCCUCUUGGGUACGACUACCUCAACUAA